UUUGUUUAUCUUUGUUUCUUCAGCGUGGAUUUUAAGAUGUCAAAAGAGCCUGAUAAAACUCCGUCUCCAUCUUUUAUCGGCGAUGUGGACUCUGCUCCGUGCUCUCCGUCAGUGUCCGAGCGAGGCUCGCAGUCCCGGACCGGCGCCGGUGACCCGGCGGACAGCGAGGAGGACGCUCGGUUUCCCCCGUGCAUCCGAGACGCGGUGUCGCAGGUCCUCAAGGGCUACGACUGGUCGCUGGUGCCCAUGCCCACGCAGGGUGGCAGGUCUUUGAAAGACAAGCCUCACGUGAAGAGACCCAUGAACGCGUUUAUGGUGUGGGCGCAGGCGGCGCGCCGGAAGCUCGCGGAUCAAUACCCGCACCUCCACAACGCCGAGCUCAGCAAGACCCUCGGCAAGUUAUGGAGGCUGCUGUCUGAGAGCGAGAAACGGCCGUUCGUGGAAGAGGCAGAGAGACUGCGGCUCCAGCACAAGAAAGACUAUCCGGAUUAUAAGUACCAGCCGCGGAGAAGGAAGAGCCUGAAGCCGGGUCAGAGUGAGCUGGACGCGGGAGCGAAGAAGACCCAUCAUCCCUCGGAUCAAAUGUUCAAGACGGAAGCAGCUAUGAGAGCGAUGCACCUUCAUCCGGCCCACGGUGGUCAAGCACACGGUCCUCCGACGCCUCCAACCACACCGAAGUCCGAUCAGCAUCAAAGCGUGAAGCAGGAGUCCCGGCGCGUGUCGGAGAACACAAGACACAACAUCGACUUCGGGAUCGUGGACCUCUCGGAGCUCAGCAGUGAUGUCAUCGGCGGCAUGGGUCCGUUCGACGUGCGUGAGUUCGACCAGUACCUGCCUGUAAACGCUCACAUGGAGAACCCCAGCGGUCCCGGCGGUCUCAGCACAUCCUACCACCAUCAUCCUCACAGCAGCGCUUCGGCGUGGAACAAGGGGUCACCAAACCAACAAAGAGCGCUCAUUAAAACAGAACAACUGAGUCCAGCUCAUUACGGAGAGUCUCACGGGUCCCCGACCCAAUCUGAACUCUCCGACUGUCCCGACCUGCAGAACUCCACGUACUUCACCACAUAUUCCGGGUAUCCCGCUGGCAUUUACCAGUAUCCGUACUUCCAUUCCUCCAGAAGAUCGUACGUGACUCCUGUUCUCAACAGCUUGUCGAGUCCGUCUCACAGUCCCGGUGCAAACUGGGAGCAGCCGGUUUACACGACGUUAACACGACCCUGAUGCAAGGUUUUAGAUCAGCGAUGACUGAUGCAUUUUUCAAUAUUGAAUGUUUUGGCUUGGUUGAAAGUGUUUGUAUUUUUGAGUGAGAUGUAACAGACUAUACAAGGAUUUGUCUUGAUGAUAUGUAAUUAAAAUGUCGAGUGAAUGUGCGG